AUGGAGAAAAAGGGUAAACCAUCACUUCUAGAAGAUAGCUACAAAAAGGUGCCAAUUGUUUCAAAGGUACCCUCGGUACCUAAAGAGGAAUACAAUGCGCCAUCUUUGCCAAAGAAUGACUACUACAAGACGCCAUUAGUUCCAGAAGCUAACUACAAGAAGGUACCGGCUGUUCCAAAGGUACCCUCGGUACCUAAAGAGGAAUACAAGGCGCCAUCUUUGUCAAAGAAUGACUACUACAAGACGCCAUCAGUUCCAGAAGCCAACUACAAGAAGGUGCUGGCUAUUCCAAAGGUACCCUCAAUGCCUAAACCGGAAUACAAGGCUCUAUCUUUACCAAAGAAUGACUACUACAAGAAGUCAUCAAUUCUAGAAGAUAACUACAAGAAGGUUCCAUCCAUCCUAGAGAAACCAUCACUUCCAGAAGAUAGCAAUAAAAAGGUGCCAACUGUUUCAAAGGUACCCUCGGUACCUAAAGAGGAAUACAAGGCGCCAUCUUUGCCAAAGAAUGACUACUACAAGAAGCCAUUAGUUCCAGAAGAUAACUAUAAGAAGGUGCCAUUUGUUCCAAAGGUACCCUCAGUGCCUAAACCAAAAUACAAAGACUCCAUCUUUGCCAAAGAAUGA